AUGGUGGUAUGGGGCACCUGCCAUCGUCAUAGUUUUGGAAGGGCUUUGCCGGUCUGGAAAAUGCAGUCACGAGAAUUCCAUCUUUGGUGUGGUGCUUUCAGGGGAAGCAUAGCUGCUGUUUCGCAUCUCUCCGGCCUGCCCAUCGAUAAACUCAAGAGCGUGGUGUUCAUCCUGCCAUGUCACUACACUCCUCUCUACUCCCACAUACACAGAGACAUCCCUGUGCGAUUUCCGGACUGUUCACCACCAGGAUUGCAGUCAGCAGUGGAACUCCAGAACCAGCGCACCCCGCAAAAUGAGGCAUUGGUGCCAAGAUUCUCAGCAGCACAGUCCACAGGGGAUACAUUGCAGAGUGGCGGAUUGAGCGAAUCGGAUAGAGCAAUGAAGGACCCACAGAGAUUUGUGGAGGAUGCGUGCACUUCUGGCGGAGUGUUGAGUCCGCCCUCCCACAUUGUUUCAUGCUAUGAGGCUUUCCCUGCCCUUGAGGACUUCCUGUCUGUGCACAAUUUCACAGAGGUAGCACGCUUCUUCCAGUCACACAUCCAAGUCAGUGGACAUAAAUGCCGCAGCAUUCUGCUGUUCGAAAGGCAGGUAGGCAGCAGCUGA